CAUCCCAUCCCAUCCCAUCCUAAUCCGACUCCGACUCCACCACCACCACCACCUCCAUCUCCUCUCUCUCUCUCUUCCGUUGCGUCUGGAAUUCUUGGGGCCGAUCAUACACUGAAGUGUUUGUUUCUCGUUUGCCUCGUCUUGCCACGCCCGUUUCGACCAUCCAUUCCCGCAUACCUCUGGCAGGUACAGCACAUCUCAUCCCUUGGACAACAAUAAUUACGUACCUUUCCUGACGAGUCUUGACGAUUCUCGCAUCAUUAAUUCCCCCGCCCACUAUCGAUCGAUUCUUGUUUGGUGCAGGCUCGCCAACCGCCAUCUCAACCCUUCAAUUCAAUACUCUGCGGAGGUGCAAGCUCUCUCCCUUUGUAUGCAAUCUUAAAAUUCCAGUCCAACCUGACCCUCUGGAUUAAUCAAGAACCGAAUAACCAAUAUUCCUUCCCUUGUCAAGCCGGUCUUGAUAUCAUCGUUUGGUUAUAUAACUCUUGACCUCUUUCCUUUCCUGAGCAUCUCAUCUCAUCUGAUCUCCAUCACCAUCAACAUCCACACCAAUAGACUCAAGCUUUUUUUUCCCGAUCUUGAUCUAUCGGCCAGCCUUGGGUAUCAUCCACUCACGUCACCUAUUUCAAAUACCUCACUCAUCUUGAGUAUUCAUUCAUCAUUCACUUUAACCACCAUUCCUCCGGUUCACUCCAGAGCACUCAGGGCCUCCCCCACAGCUGUCAACUUAGACUCGCAUCUCGCCCAGAUCGAGCUUCAAGCCACAGCGACAUAAAGUCUAAAUCGCUGCAUCUUAUUCCCGUCCGAGCAGUUCCUGAACGGCUUGGGAAAGGUGUCGAUUCUUCUUUUUCCCGCUAUCCGCUCAUCGCCGUGCCAAACGCAGGACCUCGAACGCCUUAUCCCGUACCCGGCAGAGCAAACAGCUCUCAGCGACAUAUCACUAGGUAUCUUCACGUACUUAUCCUCUAGAUUCGCGGCUGCCGAAUCUGGGCCUGGACCUUGCUUUCUUUUUCAGUUUUAAUUGUUUCUGGCAUUUUAAUUAAUAUCAAAAUCAAUCGAAACAAAGGACCCACGGCACGUUUCUGAAAACAAACGCCUAAUCAGUUACAAUCUCGUUGUUUGGUAAAACGAACAAGAAAAAACUGAGACAUAGCCAAUACCGAGACGGACGCAGCACAGCAACCGGCGAGACAUUGUGAUAUUUGCUACCUGCUACGCCGCAUUCUGCAACGCAACGCAACGAUACGCAGUACAAGGAUCAUCAUCUGUUACUGUUGAGGUUUCUUUCUUCCCAAGCCACGGUCCGCUCUCGUUUCGCCACCGGAAGUACCUAUUCAAGUUUUUGAGUGGCAUCUUGCUCUAUCACCACGAACCAAAGAAACCUAAGCAUUUAUCCCCCUCCCGGCCAGACCGCCCCAGCAGCUUGUUAGUUGCAUUGCUAGCUGCAGUCCACUGAAUAACUGGACCUGACCUAGUCUCGAGACAUCUCUCCGACUAGUCUCUCCUACGACGACCCAUUUCUUAGGGUCCUCACAUGAGCCUCUGAUCUCUUGAUAUAUCAAUCCUCACGCACCUUCAUCUGGCUUGACCCCUGGUUCCUCUUUCCAGUCACAUUCAAUCAAAAUAUUAAUCAUCUGCCUUUCGCUUUUGCUUCUGCUUUGCUUUGCUCUGCUUUGCUUUUGCAAUAGGUCAAGGUUCACGGCCUGUCGAUUCUUUCUAGGCCUAUCAACCUCACCCCACCUUCUUCACUUACACACGGUCCGCCCUCCCGUGUAGUAUAUCCCUAUCAUCCUCUCCCACCCACUUAUACAACCUCUUCCUCCUCUCCCUCAAACCCACUCACACAUACACAUACACACAAUGGCUUCUGCAACAUCACUACGAUACCUCACCAUGGAGGAACUCAACAAGACCGCCUUGGACCAAUUCGUCUACCAGCCUGUGGGUCGCGAUAUGAUCGCAUACCUCGCCCAAGCCGCCCACAACGUCAUCGCCUGCGACUCGACUCUCAUGCCUCCCGCUCCCGCCGAGCCUCGCCAGAACCUCCCAACUCCUCCCAGGAGUCCCGAGCCCCGAACCGUUCGAUCCGAAGACGGAGCUCUCCCCACCCUUGAGGAGUUCAUCACACAGCUCGUCGUCUCUUCCAAUGUCCAGGUCCCUACUCUCAUGUCAACACUGGUCUACCUCGGUCGCCUAAAGUCGAAGCUCCAGCCCAUGGCUCGUGGUCUGCGAUGUACCGCCCACCGCAUCUUCCUCGCUGCUUUGAUUCUUUCAGCCAAGUACCUCAACGAUAGCUCACCCAAGAACAAGCACUGGGCCAACUACAGCCACAUCACCACUGAGUGCUACAGCUUUGGUUUCAGCCGCACUGAGGUCAACCUCAUGGAGAAGCAGCUUCUCUUCCUUCUUGAGUGGGAUCUUCGAAUCACCGAGGAGGACCUUUACCGUGAUCUCGACGACUUCCUCGAGCCACUCCGUCACAAGAUUGCCGAGCGACAUGCCAGGAAGAUCCGACACCGCGAGGAGAAGCGACGACAGAAGGAGCUCUAUGCCGCCUCCACCCGAUAUCCCAGCCCUGCCUCCUCUCGCGGUCACUCCCGCUCUCGAGGAUCAACACCCGAGCACGCACGAAACCUUUCUGGAAACUUCACUCCUCCUGGUCUCAGCUACAGCAGCUCUUCUAGCUCCUACGCCUCAUCUGUUUCCUCUGGCCGCGCUUACUCACAAGCUACUACUCCUCUCGAGCCCUCCGAGCCUGAGCCUUACUACUAUGAGUCUCAACAGGGCAGUCUCUACGACUCACCCGUCCAGAUCGUUCCCGAUGUUGACUACCCCAAGGCUCAUAUGCCUGCUGGCCGCAUGCUUCCUUAUGAGAUCACUGCCGAUGAGUACCAACAGUACCAGCAACUCCAUGAGACCUCAUCCAAGAAGCAGCAGCAACAGCAGCAGCGCUCAAGGCGCGGCAUGUGGGGUCGUCUUCUCGGUGGUAGCGUCGCUGUGCGAUAAAUAGCUACCCACGACCGGGCACGCGCUUGAUACCUAAUGCAUAGUCUUGGCGUUACACGGACCGCUGUUUGGCAUUACUAUAUCGAUCUUUGCAUCCGUUACUUUUCGCAUCGAAAAAGAAAGCUUGGCAUGGCGUUGGUUGUUGAUUUUUACUUCUCCAUCUGCUUUCUUAGAGAACCAGAUACAUCAUGAGUUGGUCGACAAGCCACUCAGCAUUAUUCCCUUUGUUCUAUUACAACUACUUUUGUUUUUUCUACUCUACAGUCUUUCCACUGGAAGACCGGCGUUUAUUGGGGCUUGCAUGAAAGACAGAAGCCUCCCCGGGGAUAAGGGGGCGUGUGCAUUAUUACUAUUGGAUCACUGUCAUGGGACUAGGUUGGAUGGUUUCGGGAUUACGCAGUAUCAAUGUUGUUUGACGGCCUCUACAAAGUAUUACGCCCCCCCCGAUUGGUAUCGGGGAUAUGAUGGGGGAAUAGGAUUAGGAUCAGGAUAAGGAGUAGGCAUCAUACACUGCCACAUUUUGAAAGGAUUUGGAUCAUGGAGUUAUUUAAUGGGGUAUACAUCUUUGGGGGCCCAACAACAACAACAACAUCUAAGAACAAUACAGAUACCAAAUUACAACUUAGUAUUAUUCAACUUUCCACUACAAAUCGGGCGACAUGCCGCGAUCUCUCCAAUUCAGUGUUGAAUUAUCAAUAAUUCCUUUUCUGUGCCAUCCAUCCUUGCGAGGUUCACUGCAAGCCAUUUUCUUACAGUGAAUGUGUAAGCCAGUGUCGGUAGUGCCUUAAAAUAAGCCUUCCUUAUGCCUGACGAUGCGCCUCUGCAGGGUCCUCCCCUACAGUUUGGGGCCAGUUACCAAAUUUGGUAGGCUUACUUGGUACUUUGACCAAUCACGUAAUCGUUUCUACCACAAACAGUCAAAUCCUUCGAAUCCGGAUUUUGACGAGUCCGACAGAGGAUCAAGAUGUAAGCAGACAAAUAGAUUCCAUUUGCGUGCACUGCCGGAUGCAAUUGCUACAGUAGCUAGAGAUUGAAAUUACAUUGCAUUUUUCUU